AUGUUUACUGGUAUAGUCGAAAUAAUGGGUAUUAUCGAUUCCUAUAAGGAAUACGAUGACAGUGCUGCUGGUGGACAUGGUAUCUCUUUAAAGAUUAAGGAUGCUUCGAAGAUAUUAGGAGAUUGUCAUAUUGGUGAUUCAAUUUCUGUUAAUGGUAUUUGUUUGACAGUGACUGAAUUUGAUAACGAUUCAUUUAAAGUUGGCAUCUCACCAGAGACUGUUAGAAGAACUAAUGUCGGCUCUUGGAAGAAUUGCCAAAAAGUAAAUUUGGAAAGAGCGGUUUCUGUGGAUGUACGAUUCGGAGGACAUUAUGUUCAAGGCCAUAUAGAUACAACUGCUAAAAUAACAUGUAUUGAAAAAGAAGGUAACUCUAAGAUCUUUGGAUUUAAAUUAAGGGAUGAUGAAUAUAAUAAAUUUAUUGUUGAAAAAGGGUUCAUUUGCAUAGAUGGUGCUUCAUUAACAAUUAUUAGAAUAGACAAUGAUGGCACUUUUUACAUUAGUAUGAUUAAGCAUACUCAAGAUAUAGUAUCGAUGCCUUUGAAAAAUAUUGGUGAUGAAGUUAACAUUGAAGUCGACCUAACUGGUAAAGUUAUUGAAAAACAAAUUACUAGCGUUUUGGAAGCAGAAAUAGAAAAAGAGAAUAGUAUCUUUAAAGCCUUUGUUGAAAAAAUAGUUGAAGCAAAAAUGAAGGAAAUUUUACAAAAAUAG